GGUGGCUAGAAAUUCUCUCGCUCCAGCAGUACGCACCCCAGCUGCAUCGCCCUGCAAGGAAGUCUUCAAAAAUGAAGCACAGCGCAAAAGCUGUGAGUAAACCAAAUGACCCAAAUACUUCAGAUCUUCAUCUUCCUUCCCUGCAGCGACAUUCCAUCUAUGGGGUUGUGCCUUGUCGCUAGAACGGUGGUAUUGGCGACGUGCGCUAAGUUCUGUGAUAAGUACUGAUUACGUACAACAAGUCUCCAAAUAAAAUUAGGCAGGUCGCACUCGCAGAUAGUUCCGUAGAAAAAUGUUGUUGUCCUUGUCUUAGUGGAGAGGUGCUUGUUGUCAAGUGAGGUGUAGAGCUGAGUCAGUUUUGCAAAAAGCGACCGAAACUCGUGUAUGAAAAAUGACAAUCUCAGUUGCGCGACUCGAGUACAACGAGAAAGUUCUGGCCGAUCCGCGCGCAGGAUUGUGGGAGGAAGAAGAACCCAGCGAUGACGACAUCACCGGACGCAAUCGCCGCCGGCGGCGUAGCGAGCUCCGGGAGCGCCAGGAAAGGGACAAAAAAGCCCGCGAAGCGGCUGAGAGGCGCGAACAAGCAAGAAAAGAGCGACGGCAAAAGGAAGAGGAGGAGGAGAAAAGUAUUUCACUUUGAUAUAAUUUUCUGUCAUGUCGCGCAUGUUGUAGACGUAAUAAGCCAAGAAACCACUUGAGCGUCUGAAGUUGAGGUUAUUCCGCUUUCAUUCAAGUAUAGCAGUGCUGAUGGUGCUUGACCUUUAAUAUUCGGAAAAAAAAAUUACAGAGCGCCAACUCGAGGAGGCCACCCGGGGCGAGCGCACGGUGAUGGUUACUAAUGUAAACCUAAAAGCGACAGAGAAAGACGUCUACGGCUUUUUCAAGGCUGCGGGGAGCAUACGCGACAUCCAAGUCAUCCGCGACGCGCGAAGCGGUCGGUCCAAGGGCGUAGCCUAUGUCGAGUUUUACCAGCAGGAAACCGUGUCCGCCGCCUGCCAAAUGACCGGCCAAGUGCUCAUGCUCCAGCCUGUUAGGGUAAGUACAAGUAGUUUUUUCUUCAAAUAGAGAUGAUGUUAGUAGCAAUCUGGAUGUACAACCACAAGCGUACUCAGUUUCAUCACAUCCAAAAUCAAAGGGAGUUUCAGUUUUCAUGUCAAAGUCUUUAGCGUGCAUUAGCAUUCCCCACUCUUUACAGGUCCAGCCAAGUCAGGCGGAGAAAAACCGCGCGAGCAUCGUCGCCCGGGCUGCUCUGAUGAACCAGGCGAAGGACCCGGGGCUGAAGCUGUACGUUUCCGGUCUCGACGGCGCGCUGGCCGCGAUCACCGAGGACGACUUGAAGAAGUUGUUUGCCCCGUUUGCCGUGUCCGGAAACAUUGAGUUCAUCGAUUUGCACCGCGACCCCUACACGAACAAAAGCAAAGGCUACGCCUACAUAAAGUUCGAAAAGGCGACGGAAGGGCGGGAGGCCAUCGCGGUCAUGAACGGCUUCAAGCAUUCCAUGAUGGGCGACCAAGAAAUUUCCGUCGGUGUGGCUCAAGAUCAGGGAGGGCCCCUCAUGCUCACGGCGGGGGCCGCAGGCACGGCGCAGCAGCAGGUUAGUGUGACUAGAGUUGUUUUUUUUGUGCAGUAUGUAGUAUGACACGGUCCUUAGUCCUGACGGGUUCAUCGCUUUGUAUCUAUCGUCGCGGAAAUGCAGAAGACAACGAAUUUCAAAUGAAUUCUGGUUCGAAAUAAUAUAGCCAAAACCAAUGCACAGGCUGCUGACAAUCCUGACUCCGCCACGAAAGCCGAACCCGAGCCAGAGCGAAGACCCGUACCCGAGGAAGUCCCGGGCCUCAUAACAGACGCCAGCGAGAAACUCCGGCUGUUGAUACAAAACGACAACCCGCUGCCGCCCGCGGGUGCCAGUAUUUUUGGCACGAGGGAUAUCAUGCGCGACCACGCGAUGAACACAGUCACCGAUGACCCGGAUGAGACCAUGGAAACAGGUAUUUUUCCUGCGCGCGUUUAAACUGCUCUCUUUUUUUGCUGAUUGGCCAACAUGAUCUCUUUUUUUCGUUGAUGUCAAAAACGUCGAAUUCCAGCCGAAAGAGUGGACAACCACCACGAUUCGCAUCCUUGCAAAAAAAUCUAUCGUCACUCUUCAGGUCUCCCGGGCGAAGUGAGCAUGAGCAAGUCCAGCUCCACCGCGGCGGUCCUGUUUGCCGCCGGGCAAGUCGGCGGCCAGCCGGCUAAAGCCUUCGACCCCUCCGCCCCACCCAGCGACGAACCACCACCGCCGCCGCCCCCGGCGGCGCCCCCCGCACAACUCUCCGCUAUUCACUCGAAGCCCCACCCCAGCACGUUGAACAACAAAGCCAACAAUGCCGCAAGCGUAGCCACCAACCCCGGGCUUCUCGGCGUUCCCCCACCCGCCGCGCUGGUGCCGCCGCCCGGGACCCUGGUGAACCCGCUGAUGCCCAACAUGCCCAUGGUGCCCCCGCCCGGCAUGAUGGUUCCACCACCCGGGAUGCUUCCCGGCAUGAUGAGCAACCCCAUGAUGAACAACCCGAUGAUGGGUCCGCCGGGUAAGGGGGGCCCCUUUCCGGGCAUGAACCCGAUGAUGCCGCACCCGGGCAUGAUGAUGCCGCCCGGCGGGAAGAUGGGCGGCGGUCCGAUGCCGGGGAUGAUGAUGCCGCAAAUGCCCGGGAUGAUGAUGCCGGGGAAAGGCAUGCCCGGCAUGAUGCCGAACGGGAUGCAGAACAACCCGAUGGCCAACAUGGCGAUGGCCGCACAAAACAAGGGAGGAAUGGGCGGACCGGGUUCCUCGAUGAACGCCUCGGCGGGAGCAAGCGCGCCGCCAGCGAGAAAACUGGUCCUGCACAAUCUGGUAGUGGCGGAAGACGACAAGGAAACGCGGGAGGACGUCGAGGAAGACGUGCACGAGGAAGCGGAAAAGUCGGGACCAAUCGACUCCCUGAAGUUGCAGGGCGACGUGCUGCACAUCCUCUUCAAGGAGGCGCACGCAGCCAGCGACUGCUACCGCGUCAUGAACGGCCGCCUCUUUGCGGGCAGAACCAUUAAAGCGGAGCUGCUGUCGUCAUAAAAGGCACGCGCGACAUGGCUGCUUAGAGCUGCUGGAAAUAUGAUUACACGAUUUUCUUGCCAUUUUCUGGGAUGUGGCGUCAUCAUUCAUGAGCAAAACAAACAAGAAGAAAAGCAAAGAAGCGAAUGAAAACUUGUCGUGCGCAAAGCAUGGACGUUGUAGC